UUCUGCAGCUUGUUUGUACAGCGCCCUGCUGAUGGAGGUGGCGCCCCCUAGUGGUCUGAUCCGUGACUGCAGGCUUGGAGAGUCGUAAUGAUGGCGGAUAAGAAGCAUAACAGAAGAGGUUUCAGCGAAGACGGAGCAGGGCCGCAAGAGGAGGAAGGCAGAGUGAAAACUAAGCCUGUCUCUUGUAGCACUGCGGGAGGAGAGGGGGCCGCAGUCAAACGCACAUCCCAGCACCUCUCACCUGAGGAAGAAGAGGAGGAGGAGGACGAGGAGUCCUCAGGGGACCCUCCAGCACCCUGCAAAAUCUCCAAGAUAGGCUUUAGCAUGAGCAGCCCGAUGGGGAAGAAGUCAAACCCCAUCUCUAUUAAACUUGGAGCAUCAAAACCUAAAGAGCCGGUACCAGUGCUUCCUAAAAAGAAGGCAGGGAUGUCGUCAGUGUUCAACGAGGAUGAUGAUAGUGAACCUGAGGAGAUGCCUCCUGAGGCAAAGAUGAGGAUGAAGAACAUCGGGAGGGAGACGCCUACGUCUGCAGGACCCAAUUCUUUCAACAAGGGCAAACAGGGCUUCUCUGAUCAUCAGAAGCUCUGGGAGAAGAAACUGAAGGCUCAAGCAGACAAGUUAUAAAUCCAAGACAUCAUUUCUUGUUCAUCAUGGAAGGUUUUGUAUAGUUCAAACAAAGGUAUCUCAGAAGGCUGCAUGAUUUUUCACUGUCGCCUCUGUUUUGAAACUAUAUGAGGAUGCAGUGAAGAAUACUUCAGGCCUUCACUGAUACUCGGUGGUUUAUGUUCCUAACCACUACAUGCUGAGGCUGGCUGAGAAGAGGAGCUGAGGCAAACUAGAACUAACACACACACAGUCUGAAUAUUGUUGUUAAAUUAGCUGCAGUUAGCUGAAGCUGGCUAACAUCUCAGAGGCCUCAUCUCCCUUUAGAGACAUUCUUGUUGUUGUCUGAAGCUGGUUUGGUGUGGCCCGAGCAAACUGUGUUGAUCAUCUGUUGGUGGGAAAAUGUACAAAGUGUGAAAGUGUCUGAUUUUUAAUCCAUAAAGGGGAGUGUGUUUGAGCGUAGUGCCACUGCUCGUGUGUGUGGCGUAGAUUUAUUUUGGAACCUUCUCGGUGUACAGACUUUGUUUUUGUGCCGCGUCAAAGGCAGACUCGUGAAGACUUUUUUUUAUGUUGUGUUUUUAUUUUGAGCUGUGUGUCAGUAUCUGCUUUUUGUACUCUGUGUUUGUCCACUCACUCUUCCAAACAUCAGAGCUUGAUUCUUUUUGUUGACGUUGGAGGACGCAUGAUGUUUUUAUUCAUUUAGCACCAGUUAAACGACCACGGCCACGACAAUGACGCCACUCCUCGUUAAAGUCGCAUGAAAUUCUUUCUGGGGGCGUAUUUUUUGUUUCUAUCACAAAGUCCUCUCUUCAGAAACGCAGCCCUGAUCAUUCUGUAAAUGUGCCACCUCGUCUUUUUGUUUCAGAAGAGUCUCUAAAUGAAGCUUUGAAGCUGUUUGUUGUUUCCCGUUGUGUCCUCCAAAUAAGUUUCACUCAUAUCCUCUGCUUCAACCUGUUUAUCAAACAGAACUCUGAAUACAUAUUCAAUAAACCUGAAAAUAAAAACAAAGUGGAUGAUA